AUGAAGAGUGCACGACAGCGCCUCUUCCCACUCAAGAGGUUGGAAAGAUUUGUCAUGGGCCCUCGGAUCCUCAAGUUCUACAGUUACACCAUCGGGAACAUCUUGACUGGCUGCAUCACUGCUUGGUAUGGCAAAUGCACCACCCUUGACCACAAAGCGCUACAGCUGGUGGUGCGGACAGCCCACUACAUCACUGGGGCUGAACUCCCUGCCAUCCCGGACCUCUGUCAGGCGGAGCUCAUUACAGCGUGGUACAUUGGUUUCCUGGUCCUGAUCUUUGCCUCCUUCCUGGUUUACCUGGCAGAGAAGGACGUCAACACAGAGUUCAACACCUACGCAGACUCCCUCUGGUGGGGAACGAUUACUCUCACCACCAUCGGCUAUGGUGACAAGACACCCCGCACCUGGUUGGGCCGACUCCUAGCUGCCGGCUUCGCACUCCUGGGUGUGUCCUUCUUCGCCCUUCCUGCUGGUAUCCUGGGGUCAGGCUUUGCCCUGAAGGUGCAGGAGCAGCACAGACAGAAGCACUUUGAGAAGAGGAGGACUCCUGCUGCCAACCUUAUACAGGCUGCGUGGCGUCUGUACUCUACUGAUGCUCAGCACUCCUACCUGACAGCCACAUGGUACUUCUAUGACAGCAUGCUUCCAUCCUUCAGAGAACUGACACUACUGUUCAGUCACCUUCAGCGACGGCGUAGCGCCAAGAAUGUCCUUCACAACUCCCACAACACCCUGCUGUCCGGGCUACGGCCCUACAGCUCCCCCUACCUGUCAGGGGACAGCAGCAAAAUGGGAUUCCGAGACAGGAUGAGGCUGAACAACUCCCGUUCGUCCCAGGCGAGCCGGAACAAGGCGUCCCCGCUGCCUCCCGGGAUGAGUGUCCGCCAGUCACCCAGCACGGAGAACGUCCCAGAAGCCACCAGUCCUGGGAAGGUGCAGAAGAGCUGGAGCUUCAACGACCGCACGCGGUUCCGCACCUCACUACGACUCAAACCCAGACCUCCUGCAGACGUGGAAGGAGUAGGGGAGGACAAUGUUGAAGACAAACCAUAUUGUGAUGUUGCCAUGGAGGAGGUGAUCCCAGCAGUGAAGACCUUGAUACGGGCUGUUAGGAUUCUGAAGUUCCUGGUGGCCAAGCGGAAGUUUAAGGAGACUCUGCGUCCAUACGACGUGAAGGAUGUCAUAGAGCAGUACUCUGCUGGACACCUGGACAUGCUGGGGAGGAUCAAGAGUCUACAAACCAGAGUGGAUCAGAUAGUGGGUCGUGGAUCGUCCUACCAGCCAGAUAAUAAGAAGGUGAGGAGUGAGAAGGGAGAGAAGACCCCUCCAGAACUGGACCUUAUGGACCAACUCAGUAUGAUGGGACGUGUCAUCAAGGUGGAGAAACAGGUGCAGUCGAUAGAGAACAAGCUGGAUCUCCUUCUUAACUUCUACACACAGUGUCUGAAGAAAGGCUCGUCCAACUUCACCUUGUCCUCCCUGUUGGAACCAGACCUGACGUCUGACUACCACAGCCCCACAGACCAUCGUGACCUUUUCCCCUCCGCCAACACACUCAACAUCUCCCACUCAGAGUCCAGCAACAUGGAGUGACUGGUAUUGUACUCACUGACUGAGGCUGGGGCUGAGUCUGGGAAUGAACUGGGUCCACCGCUAGACCCUCACCACAAUGGCCCUGAGAUGUCAUGUCACUAUACUGGACUGUAGCAGCACCCCUGGAGCAACCCACUAUGCCCAUAGCUCUUCCCACUAAUCACCAAACCAAUUUGAUUCCUAACUUUGGAGGUCUGGCUCAUCUUUAAUCAUUUCUCCCUCCUCAUACACUACAUGGCCGAAAGUAUGUGGUCAACCCAUCAAAUUAGUGGAUUUGGCUAUUUCAGCCACACCCGUUGCUGACAGGUGUAUAAAAUUGAGCACACCGCCAUGCAAUCUCCAUAGACAAACAUUGGCAGUAGAAUGACCUGUA